AUGGGGCAGGAGCUGAGGCUCAGGAAGCUCCACCUGAACAUGAGGAAGAACUUCCCCGGGGCGCGGAAGCCGCGCGCUGCUUCCGGCGCUCCCGGUGGCGCCGGGGCCGCUGGAGCCGCGGGCAGGGCCGGACGGCGCCUCCAGGGCCGCUGCCUUCUCCCCCUCGGGGCUGAGCCGGCUCCCCGCCUGCCGGGGCCGGGCCCUGCCCGGCUCGCCGUGGCUCCGAGGGCAGCGGGACAGCGAGGCUGCAAGAAAAUUCCCAUCUGGCAUGCUGCAAAUUCCAAUGAAGGCACCACAAUUGAAGACACAUCUGCUGCCAUGGUGAAUGAGAAGCACAAUGGCACCCUGCUUGUGCAGCUGGGGCCCAAGCUGCAGGCCCACCCAGAGAAGCUGCUCCGGCAGCGGCGGGGCCACGACGACCGUCCGGAAUACCUGGUGCAGUGGAGCGUUGUUAGCUUGGAAGAGAGAGCAGCGGGAGGCGGCAGGCACAAGGCAGAGCCGCUGCCCCAGCGGGACCUGCAGCCUCGCCCUGUCCGUUCCAUCUUCCAGCACAAGACCCCAGCCAGCACUGCUGUCCAAAAUCCUGUGUUGCCUUCAAAUCCCAGUCCUCACAAAAAGCAGGGCUGUGCCUUCCUGACAGCAUCAGACUUCGCAGACAGCAGUGACUAUACAGAGUACUUGCGGGCAAACCUGGUGCGUGGCAUGCGGGUGCGCUUGCUGGCGGACUGCGGUGACAUUAGAGCUGGGGAGGAAGGCGAGUUUCUCCAGAGCACGGAUAACAUGCACACAGUACUGGUUUUACAGCAGUCAACGGGUCGGACCUACUGGGUGCAUUGGCACAUACUGGAGAUUAUUGGCUUUGGGGACCAGUGGGAAGAUCCUGCUGCUCAGGUGAAGGAAUGUAGUGUGAGAAAGAGCUUCACUGUGGACACAGUUCCACAGCCAUUCCUGUGCAAGCCCUUGGGGGGGCUGUACUCCCUGCCUUACCUGGGGCAGCGGCUGCCCAAGGCUGCAGACACACUGAGCCGUGCCGAAUGGUGGGAGCUGCUCUUCUUUGUGAGGAAGCUGGAAGCACAGGAGCAGAAAGAGAUCACCUGUCUGAUCCAGCAGCACCAGGGAGAGCAGGUGGAUGAAGAAGCCCUGAUGCAGCUGUCGUUACCUGUGGAGCUGGCCCAGAAGGUGCUGCAGGUUCUGGAGAAGCGGUGCCAGGGCAGCUCUCUGCGUGACCUGCGUGGCUCCUGUGUCUAUGCCAGACACUUCCUCGGGAGAGGGGCAGAGCAGGAUGGUGGGGGGAGCACCACAGCGUCCUCAGAGGGUGACAGGAGCACCGGCCCUGAAGGCACAAUGGCCAAGGCAGUGGAGGGAGACCUUUCUGCAGCCCCAGGGUCACCCCAAGGCUGCAGUGAAGUGGCAGUGAAGUCGGACUCCCAGCUGUUCAGCGAGCUCUUGGAGAGGGAAGGGCUGUUCUUGCCAGAGGUGACGGAGGAGCAGAGCCAAGCGUUGGGCGGCUCCAAGGGGCUGAGUGAGAGCGGCUCGCUGGCCAAGGUUGCGGCUGUGGUGGAGGUGAUCCAGAGCAGCAGCUCAGCGGUGGGGCUGCGCUUAGCUGGGCUCAAGCACAUCCUGAAGAUGCUGGAGGAGGAGCCCAAGUCGGAGCAGCAAGUCGGCACAGCCCAGGACAGGCUGGGCACCGGGAGAGCUGGGGAGAAGCUGGUGCAGGUGUCAGUGGAGCUGCUGAGCACGGAGGUGGCAGAGAAGGCGCUGGUGGCGGUGACGCUGCGGCUGCUGGCCGUGCUGCUGGCCCGGUACGAGUGGCGCGUGCCCUUUGCCACGGAGGGCGGCGUGCGGGCCGUGCUGGCCUGCAUGCAGCAGCACGGCUGCUCCGCCCUGGUGCAGCAGGCCGGGCUGGCGGCCCUGAAGGUGCUGGUGGGAGCUGCGGACGCUGAGCCGGGAGGUGCCGGUGGGAAGUGCUUGCCCUGGAACCACGGCGACGCACAGAUGAUGCGGGAGAUCUUUGCCAGCAUCGGCUCUGCCUCCAGCAAGGGCUCUGCCGGCCUGCUGAGCAGCAUCCCUGCUGCCCUGAGCACCAUGCAGAGGGUCCCAGGGGGCUCCUCAGGGGUGCAGAACGGCCUGCUGGUGGUGAACAUGCUGAUGGAUGGGCACCGGGGCCUGGCGGAGCAGCUGGCGAGCUGCGAUCUCCUGGCAGUGCUGCAGAGCUGCUGGAGGGCCGGGCAGAGCAGCGGCUGCCCCCAGGCAGUGCUGGCCCUCAGCGCCAUCAAUCGCCUGGCGGAGCACGGGCUGCCCCUGGGCCCGGAGGCAGCAGGCAGAGAGGUCCUGUUGGACCCAAAGGGCGUGCAGAUGCUGCUGGGUGGCCUGGACGAUGGCAGCUUGUCCAAGGAGGUGGUGGUGGCCCUGGAGCGGCAGCUGUGCAGUGAAGGCCCUGUUCCCUCUAGCCACGUGGCCCAGCUGCUGCAGGACCACAGCUGCUUCAGGCUGUUGCUGCGCAGCUUGGAGCUGCUGGAGACAGAGAAGGCUGUGAGCCUGAGCAUCCUCAGGAUCCUGAACAAGUUCCUGGACAGUUAUGAGGAGGAUGUGCUGCCCUGGCAUGAGUGUGUGGAGCCCUGUGUGUCCUUCCUGAUCACCCACAGCAGCAGCUGGGAGGUGCUGCAGGAGGUCGUGGGCUUCCUGCACCGCCUGGGCAGUGCCAGCAAGGACUGUGUGGUGGUGAUGUGCCAUGUGGGCACCCACGAGGCUCUGUGCAAAGCCCUGGAAAAGCACAGCACAGUCCUGGCGCUGGCGCCGGCCCUGCUCAACCUGCUGACGGAGUGUGAGAAGUAUGCCGGCCUCUACAAGAAGCUGAUGAGCAGCAUCUUGGCUGGCUGCAUCCAGCUGGUCCUGGGACAGAUUGAGGAGCACCGCCGGAGCCAGCAGCCCAUCAGCAUCCCCUUCUUUGAUGUCUUCCUGCACAACCUAUGCCAAGGCUCCAGCAUGGAGGUGAAGGAGGACAAGUGCUGGGAGAAGGUGCAGGUCUCUUCCAACUCGCACCAGGCUAGCAAGCUCAUGGACAGGAACCCCAGGACCUACUGGGAGUCAAAUGGCAGCACCGGCUCCCACUUCAUCACUGUGCACAUGCAGUGUGGAGUGGUGAUCAGGGAGCUGAGCAUGCUGGUGGCCAGUGAGGACUCCAGCUAUAUGCCAUCGAGGGUCGUGGUGCUGGGUGGGGACAGCCCUGCCACCAUCAGGACAGAGCUCAAUGCGGUGACCAUCCUGCCCUCGGACAGCAGAGUGAUCCUGCUGGAGAACAUGACCCGCUUCUGGCCCAUCAUCCAGAUCCGCGUGAAGCGGUGCCAGCAGGGUGGCAUCGACACACGCGUGCGUGGCAUCGAGGUGCUGGGUCCCAAGCCCACCUUCUGGCCCAUCUUCAGGGAGCAGCUGUGCCGGCGGACGUUCCUCUCCUGCACUGCUCGGGCUCAUGCCUGGAGCCAGGAGAUCUGCCGAGACCGGGGGCGGCUGCUGCAGCUCUUUGGCAGACUGAACCGGGCGCUGCGGCACGAGCAGGGCUUUGCCAACCGCUUCCUUCUCGACAAUGAGGCAGCCCGGGCACUGGGCAGGACGUUCUGGGAGGCCCUGGUGAAGCCCUUGGUGCAGAGCAUCACCAGCCCAGACCCUGAUGGUGUCAGUCCCCUGGGCUGGCUGCUGACUGAGUACCUGGAGAGCGUGGAGCUGUCCCGCCGUGCCACGGGACACAGGGCUGCCUUUGCUUCCUGCGUGCGGCGCCUGACCCAGCUCCUGGUGCACGUGGACCCCGGUGGCCCCGAGCCAGAGGAGACCAGAGCAGCUGGUGGGAAGGAAAGGAAGAACAAGGAGGUGCCAGCCAGGACUGCAAAGGCGGUGGUGGAGAAGUCGAGAGGCCUGUGGGGAAUUUCGCAGUGCUGGCGCGGUGUGGUGCAGCAGCAGGUGCAGCGGUUCCUGGAGGCGGCGGGGCAGGCGCCGGACCUUGCGGAGCGCUACUGCCGGCUGUACCGGCGCCUGCGCGGGGCCACGGAGGAGCUCUUUGGGCAGCAGGCCGCCUUUGUGCUGGCCCUGGGCCAGGGCUUUGCCGGGGCUUUGCUGCAGCUCUCCUUCCUGACUGCGCUGCAUGUGAGUGAGCAGUUUGCCCGCUACCUUGACGUGCAGAUCCAGGAGCUCCGCAGGGCUGCGGGCAGCACGGGGCCUCUGGAGCGGCUGCAGCAGUUCUUGGAGCCCUUUGUUGUCUUCAGUGGCCUGGAGUUUGCCCACACCUUUGAACACUUCUACAGGCACUACCUGGGGGACCGGCUCCUGACACAAGGGCCGUCAUGGCUGGAGGAAGGCAUCGUGGAGCAGAUCGGGCUGUGCUUCCCCAGCCGCUUUCCCCAAGAUAUGCUGAGCAACUUGGCCGAGUCGGAGGAGCUCCAGCGGCAGUUCCGCCUCUUCCAGCUGCAGGAGCAGGAUAAGCGGCUGCUGGAGCUGGACACGGGCCUGGAGGAGGUGCUGGGAACAGCCACAGUGCCAGACGUGCCAGAGGUGAAGGUGCUGGCCCUGUCCCCGCGCUGCUGGCCUGUUUCCCCGCUGUGUUACAUGGAUAACCCUGGGAGGUUUUUCCCAGCGGUGCUGAGCUCCCCACUGGAUGAGUUUGCUGACUUCUGCUGGCAGAGCCAGAGCCAGCUGGGCUGGGAGUGCACGAAGCCCCGUCGGCUGCAGUGGACGUGGCUGGGCCACGCCGAGCUGCAGUUUGGAGACUGCGUUCUGCACGUGUCCACGCUGCAGAUGUACAUCCUGCUGUGCUUCAACAGCGCCCAGGAGGUGGCUGUGGAGGCCCUGCUGCAGGCUACAGGGCUCCCUGCUGACCUGGUGCACCAAGCACUGACACCGCUGACCCACGGCCAGGGCAUCCUGGUGGGGAGCUGCACGCCAGGGGGUGCACUGCGGCUGAACCAGGCAGCCCUGGCCCAGAGCUCCGACCGCCAGCUGAGGCUGCUGCCCCAGCAGAGGUACCUGCGGACAGAGAGGGCCGAGGUGAGCGCCCUGGAAAGGAAGAGGAACGUCCUGUGCUGCCUCAUCACCCGCAUCCUCAAGGUGGAGAAGCAGCUGCACAUCGACAACCUGGUGUUCAGGGUGAUUGAUGCCUGUCAGAAGGGCGAGCUGGGCCCCGGGGUGCAGUUCCUGAGCUUCUGCUGCCACAGUGUGGAUGUGCUGUCCUGCAUCCUGCACCUGCUGAACCAGGGCUAUCUCCAGCGCCAGGAGGGGAGGCCUCAUGUCUUGGAAUACAUCUCUGCUGAAUCCACAACACCUCUUGGCGGCCAAGCACAGAUAACUUUCCAGUGCAGGCCAGCCCAGGCAUCCCUGGAGGAGGAUGGCAGAGACAGCCUGCAUUGGUGGAACCCUGGAACAGGCAGAGCAGAAGAAUAUCUCAUGGCAAUGCUGCAGGUGCCAAUGGGACACACGCUCAGUCCAGAGGAGGCAAAGCUGCUCAUGAACCAGACAGUACAGCAGGUCCAGGAUACUCUGAGCAUAUCGGAUGAUGUUGCUCGACACCUCCUCAUGCACUGUAGGUGGAAUGUGGAUUUCCUGAUUCAGUGUUACAUGGAGAACCGUGAGGCCCUGCUCGUUUCCUCAGGGCUGCAAGUGCAGGAUGUCCAGCCUCCCCCAAGCCCUGGAAGCCACUGCCCAGUCUGUGUGAACCAGCUGUGUCCUACUGAGAAGCCACCAACCCUUUGCUGCAUGCACUACUGUUGCAAGCCCUGUUGGAGGGAAUAUCUCACAACUCGCAUUGAGCAGAACAUGGUUGUCAACUGCACCUGUCCCAUAUCCGAGUGCCGUGCUCAGCCGACCACAGCCUUCAUCUACUCCAUCGUGUCCUCUGAGGAGGUUAUAGCCAAGUAUGAAAAAGCCCUCCUUAGGCGCUAUGUUGAGUGCUGCUCCAACCUGACAUGGUGCACCAACCCUCAGGGCUGUGAUCAGAUCCUUCUUAAGGAUGGACUUGGUUAUGGAGCAGCCUGUUCUAAGUGCUCCUGGAUAUCCUGCUUUAACUGCAGCUUCCCAGAGGCCCAUUAUCCUGCCAGCUGCAGCCACAUGUCUCGGUGGGUGGAUGAUGAUGGAUACUAUGAGGGAAUGACAAGUGAGGCCCAAAGCAAACAUCUGGCUAAGCUCAUUUCAAAGCACUGCCCAAACUGCCAGGCUCAGAUAGAGAAAAAUGAGGGGUGCCUGCAUAUGACAUGUGCAAAGUGUAAUCAUGGCUUCUGCUGGCGCUGCCUCAAGCCCUGGAGGCCGAAUCACAAGGAUUAUUACAACUGCUCUGCUAUGGUGAGUAAAGCAGCUUGGCAGGAGAAGCGUUUCCAGGAUUACAAUGAGAGAUGCACUUUUCAUCACCACGCAAGGGAAUUUGCUGUAAGUCUGAGGAACAGCAUUUCUUCCAUCAGAGAGAUGCCAAAAAUUAGGAACUUGAACUUUGUCCUUGAUGCCUGCAAAGUGCUAGAACAGGCACGGAAGGUGCUGGCCUACUCUUGUGUGUACAGCUACUAUAACCAGGACACUGAGAGCAUGGAUGUUGUGGAACAGCAGACUGAGAGCCUGGAGCUGCUCACUAAUGCUCUGCAGAUCCUUCUGGAGGAAACCCUGCUGCAGUACCAGGACCUGGCCACUUCUCUUCAGCUUCUGAAAGCAGAGCACUUCCGUGUGGGUUUGGAGUUGGUGCGGCAGAUCAAGGAGCGUCUCUUUGCAAUUCUCUGGCACUCCACACAGGAUUUCCAUGUUGGGCUCCAGACUUCAGAAGAUGCUGUUCAGAGAAAGUUGAAACUUGCAAAUGUGCCUGCUUCAGCCCUUGCAUGUACAGGGCAGAAACAUAUCAUCCUGUGUGACUCCCCCAACACAGAUGAAGGUGGCAAGGAUGUUGAAGAUGAGGAGUAUGAGCCACAGUGGCAGGAAGACUAUGAUGAUGAUGAUGACCUUGAUGAAGAUAACUUUAUGAUGGAUAAUGAUUCAGAUUGUGAUUCUUACUUUGAUGAUAAUGAUAGCUAUCGUAGCUAACACUAGAGUGUUCUGUUACCUAGCCUGCCACCUUGGACCUCUGCCUCUACUUUGUCUCAAUCGGUUUGUGUUACUGUUUUUCCUCAAAGCAGGGAGGAGCUCUCAGAUGGAACAAAACAUUUUCUCUGGGAGGUUUCUUGCUCAGUGCCUCUUGAAUUGCAGGAACAUGCUCUGGGCAGCUAGUCUGUGUUACUAUGGCCACCUCUCUCAGAAAGACAUCUUGCCUUUUUCCCUUGUCUCCAGUUCUGCCUAUAGCUAUUUAAUUGAGUUAGAAAGCCCAACUGCAGAGUGAGGACCACUUGCCACCUGUAAAAGGCCUGCUCCUUGUUCUUGGUGUGCUGUCCCCAAGGGCACAGGGGAGGGUGGCACAUGUCCCAGCACAGCACUGUCUAGUAAGGGCCAGUGUCUAGAAAUGCUGUAAAAAGAUGCAUUUACACUCAAAGCCUCCCAGCUGGAGCUGGUGGAAUUCUCUCCAGCCACAUGGAGAUGGAUGUGGUUUGGUUCCUCUGGUUGAGAGGAACUGCAUUUUUGCCCUUUGUUGGAGUUUUCUUCUCUGUUAUGAAGCAGGAAGGGCUACUACGAGUGACACAAGUUUGCAGGAUUGUUUAAGUUUAUAAAUAUAUGCACACACAUAUAUUUUAUAUACAUAUAUAUAUGCAGAGGUUGUUCAAAUAAUACUGUAUCUUUGCAGAAGAAAAAAAAAAAAAAAAGAAAAACCCUGAGGAACAAGGGUUGAAUAAAAGUUCUGUUUAAAAAAAUAAAUAAACAGUUUUCUUCCAGCA